CGACGGACAUGAUUAAUGUUGUUCCUGGAAUUGAUGAACAUCGGCUGUGUUCCUGAAGCCGAAAGUUGGCAAGAAAAAAUUUCCUAAGUCAUUAAGAAAUCGACUUUUGCAAGUGCUGAAUGAUAAAAAAGUAGUUGAAUUUGAUUCAUAUUCUGAAGAAUGGCUGGUAGUAGACGAUUCAAGAUAGGUGAUAUUUUCACGAGAACUACUGGGCUGCUACAGUCAGGUGCCAUUAAAAAUGAAGACAAGCCCUUGUGGUAUGACAUCUAUGAAGCCUUCCCCCCCUUGGAAGCCCCUCGCUAUGACAGACCCAAAUCAUACCUCACUGUGAAGCCUAUUUUCUAUGCUGAAGAUGUCAUCAGAGCGAAAUUCUACCAGAAAUAUGGAUGUCCACAAACUGUUAAUGCUGAUGAAGCAUAUAAAUGGGAGAAAACAAAUUUUUGUCGAGCAUUUAUUGAAGCCUACCAAGAAAUAGAAGCAAGAGAAGGACACUUAUCUGACCAAGAACUUAUGCUGAAAGCUGAAAAGAAACUGGAGCUACAGGGCAUUUAUCUCAACAAGUCUAACAGGCCAUCUAAGAGCAAUGAAGAUGGAGAUAACGGGACUGAAACCAUGGCAAACAUCACAGGUCCUGAAGUUCCAGAUCCUCUUAUGAAGCACUUCUCCCUCACUAGCAUUUUCGGUGACGCGGCUCGGUCUCGUCAGUACGACAUGGCCGACUCUGUACCGGCAAGCCAAAGUAACGACACAGAGGAGGAAGAGCUUACAGCUGAAGAGCACAAACUCUUCUUGAAGAGUGUGGAAGAGAUGAGUAAAUUCGGCCCAAUAAUGGAUGAAAAAUUGACGGAGGAACUUUUUGCUGAUGAGGAAGAAGUUGAGACUGUGGAUGCGCCUAAAGCAUCAGAUAAAAAAGACGAUGAUAUAGAGAAGAAAUAAGGGACUUGGUAUCCUAAGCAUAAAAUGUGUACAUUUUUUGUACAGAUAUAAGUUUUGUAAAAAU